AUGAAGGUCUUCAUCCUCGCCUGCCUAGUGACACUUGCUUUCGCAAGUGAGGAAACAUUCAGCGUUUCCUCUGAGAGCAUUUCUAGCAGUGAGGAAUCUACUGAAAAUAUCAAUGAGAAACUUCAGAUGGUAGAGCAAAUGGAACAACUGCAAGCCAAGGAAGUGCUCCAGGAUAAAGUCCACCCCUUCAUUCAGUCACAACCUCAGGCCUUUCCCUACAACCAGCCCAUCUCCUGCACUCCCUUUGCACAAAACAUCCAGCCUAUUGCUCAACCCUCUGUAGUGCCUUCUCUUGGGCCUGUCCUUUCUCCUGAACUGGAAGCUUUCCUUAAAGCUAAAGCCACCAUCCUUCCCAAGCACAAAUCCGCAUCCUCUCUUAACUCUGAAACUCUGCUCCACCUCAUUAACCCUCAAGUCCUCAGUCUUGCUAAUCUUGCAAACCAGCACAUUUCUCAGGCUCAGGUCCAGGCCCUGGCACAGGCCCUGCAAGCUUUUCUUCAGACUCCCCUGGUUUCUUCUCAGACCCAGCUGACUAUUCCUCAAUCCAAAAUUCUGUACCUCCUCCAGCAAGUAGCACCCUUCCUUCAAACAGAUAUGCCUGCUCAAGCCCUUCUUCAGUACCUAGAUGUUCUGCUUAGCCCCACCUUUCAGUUUCAGCCACCUCAACCCACCACUGCUAAAAAUGCAGAAACAUUUUCUCCAGAAGAGAGUAAUUCUGACCCUUGCAGCAAUAAAGAAGCUAACAGUUUACCCAAUAGAGACAGUAAGAAAGGAAGCAAGAAAGAACUAGAUGCUAAGAAUUUCUAUGAAGAUGCAGCUGAGUACGUUGGCUGUGAACUUGUAAGUGCUGCUUUAGAAGGUGGUUCCAGAGACAGCAUCACUGUUAUGGUAAUGUUUCUCAAUGGGAGUGAGUAUCAGCUGCUAUCAUAA